AUGCCACACUUCUGGCCCACUUCCCUACUCCCGCUCCCUCUGAAAGUUUGGAUGAUUCAGAUGCCCUACAUUGUAUCCUUGCAACAUUAUAUAUUGCGUAAGGCUUAUGCGUCUCAUUGGGGUGAUAACCAGGUUAUUGACGAGAAUUUUCAUCAAGAUGCAGCGGGUGAGCAGGAGGAUGGAGGCUUUGUACCUGAGGAAGGUACUUGGGUGGACAUGGGGUGUUUAUUCCACACAUUCCAUCCGCACCUCACAGGACUCAAAUGUGAUGCUAAUGGGUCAUUUAUCGACCAGGAUGCACCCCCACCGCCUCAUACGGAUGCCUCCAUGACCGACUGGAUGCCUUAUAACGAUCGAGCUGAAUUUGAGACGGCAGAGUUCUUAUUUAUGCGCAAUCAAAUGUCUGCAAAGCAGAUUGAUACACUUCUUGACUUGUGGGCCGCAACUCUCAUUAAGCACAAUGACGCUCCCCCUUUUGCAAACCAUAGGGACAUGUAUGCUACCAUCGAUGCAACACCACUUAGCGAUACCCCUUGGAAGAGCUUUACGAUGUCCUACAAUGGAGUCAGACCCGAACAAGAUGUACCGCCAUGGAUGGAUGGACACUAUGAUGUAUGGUAUAGAGAUCCAUUGCAAAUGGUGCACAGCAUGCUGGCAAACUCUGACUUUGAUGGAGGAGUCGAGUUUUCACCAUAUCACGAUUAUACUGCUGAGGACAAACAAUACUGGAAGAACUUCAUGUCAGCUGACUGGGCGUGGAACCAGGCAGAUGCUAUUGCUCAAAAUGAGGAGAAUCAUGGUUUGACAUUCGUGCCAUUGAUUAUCGGCAGCGACAAGACUGUUGUUUCUGUCGCUACUGGCCAAACUGAAUAUCACCCACUUUAUCUCUCAAUUGGGAACAUUCACAAUACCACAAAGGAACAUAACGACGAUACCAAGUACAGAAAUUUUCGAUGGCAACUAUUCCAGCAUUCCCUUGCCAAGAUUUUCAAGUCUGUAAAACCCUUUAUGGAAACUUUUGACGUCACACACUUUCCGGAUGGCCAUUUUCGACGAACCAUGUAUGGCUUGGGCCCAUACAUUGCCAAUUAUCCAGAACAGUUAAUUAUCUCUGGCAUUGUGCAGAAUUGGUGUCCACGGUGUUUGGCGAAUAGAAGGGACCUUGACAGCAGUCAACCAUGUCUGCAUCGACACGAAGCACACACCGAGUUGCUCGUUGAAGCACUAACACACAAACAGGCUUGGGAUGAGUAUGGCAUCAUUGCCGAUGUCGUCCUCCUAUUGCCGGAUAUUUUACAUCAAAUAAUCAAGGGAGCUUUCAAGGAUCAUUUGGUUGAUUGGGUGGGUGAAUAUUUGGAGGUCACACAUGGUGCUUGUUGUGCGGCCAAGAUCAUGGAUGACAUUGACUGCAGGAUAGCAGCAGUCGCCCCAUUCGCUGGGUUGCGACGCUUUCCUGACAGGCGUGGUUUCUGGCAAUGGACAGGUGACGACUCAAAGGCAUUGAUGAAGGUCUAUCUAGCUGCAAUCGAAGGCCAUGUUCCUCAAGAUGUGAUGCGCACAUUCAGUGCAUUUCUAGAAUUUUGCUACAUUGUAAGGCGCGAGGCUCUCACUGAAGAUGACCUCAUACAACUCCAAGAUGCCCUUGACCGCUUUCACAAAUACCGGGAGAUUUUUAAGGCAACUGGUGUGUCCAAACACAUCAAAGCGGUUAAAGAACCUUGGCGCCGAUCUAGCAGGUCUAAUGCGCUCGGACAAAUGCUACUAACAAAUCAACACCUUGAUAAACUUGCAGCCGCUCAUGCAGAUUUUGAGGCACAUGGUAUGCUUCGUGGCUCUUGUCUAUCCAAUGCUUUGGGAGAACUCCGGAGAUGUCAGAAUGUUCAUGAAGACAACAACUCGGAAUUGGAUGACAACAUGAUGGCUGAUAUGGCGCAAGAAGAUCAUUCUAGGCGCCUGCAUGUCUACGAACCUCGACACCAAUCCGUUGAGGUGGAUGCUGGUGAAAUUGUUGAUGGACCGACCGUGGAGUCCCAUGUUGGGCUUGCAGCGACUCCCUGUUGUGUACAAAAUGUUCAUACACUCAGCCUUGAACUCGACCUUCCACGCCUCCCUCUUUUGAUUCAAGAAUUCAUUCAUGAUCAGCACUAUUCAGAAGACCCCAACCCUCCUGAGUUUGAUCCGGCAACAGCACAAGUAUUCCUGGGGAAAGUAGCCGUAUUUAAUUCUGCUGCAGCGUCAUUCCAUGCACCCAGUGAUCUGAGUGGUACCGGAGGUAUGCGUCGCGAGCACAUCCGGGCAACACCAUCGUGGCAUGGCGGUGAAUCUAGGCAUGAUUGUAUCUUCGUCAAUAUGGGUGCUGACUUUGACUCUCCUAUGGGUGGACUCGCAGUUGUGCGGGUCCUGUGCUUUUUCUCUUUUAACUAUUGGACAUCAUACUAUCCUUGUGCCAUAGUUCAUUGGUAUUCUUAUGUGCUUGAAGGACGUGAUCCCGACACAGGCAUGUACAUUGUCACACCGACGACAACUGGUGAUGGUGUUCCAGACAUCUCAAUUAUUCACAUUGAUGCUAUCUUUCGCGCUGCCCAUCUAAUUCCAGUCUAUGGCCUGGACUUUAUCCCCAAAAUCAGUCCACACAACUUGUAUGACAUGUUCAACUCAUAUUAUGUCAACAGAUAUGCAGAUCACCAUACCAUUGCUACCAAAAUCAAAACACCCUCCCUCACUGUCUACCUCGAGCCUGACAUGGCUGCAGACCCAAGCUCCACCAUCAUCAAGGAGGAUUCUGUCUUCGUAGAGUCAUUCUCUGCCAUUCCUGACGAGGAGAUUGAGUCCAAGCUGUAUCUUCAGUCGCUGUGGCUCCUUCGUCUUGAGCUUGAUCAUGCUAAAAUGAUUGAUCACAAGCUCACCAUGGCUUAUGCCACCGGUUGCAGAAAGCUUCAAGACUGA